AUGAAGCAUCAAGAAAAACCCACCGAAGAAAAUCGAACUCAAUGGAUGGAAUUUGUUCUCGUGGGUUUUGCUGAUAUGCCCCGUCUCCAGUGGUUUCUUUUUGGAUUAUUUUUAAUCAUCUACAUUAUCAUUCUGGUAAGCAAUGGAACCAUAUUUCUAAUAACAAAAAUGGAUUCUGCUCUCCAGAGCCCUAUGUAUUAUUUCCUGGCAAAUUUUUCCUUCUUGGAAAUCUGCUAUGUGUCAGUUACUCUCCCCAGAAUGCUGAUGAAUCUUGCGACCCAGAGAAGAACAAUUUCCUUAAUUGCCUGUGCUAUACAGAUGUAUUUUGUCCUUAUAUUUGCAAGCACAGAGUGUUCGCUGCUGACAGUGAUGGCCUAUGACCGCUACGUGGCCAUUUGUAACCCUCUGCACUAUCCUCUAGUCAUGAACCACAGGGUUUGUAUCCAGUUGGUGUCUGUCUCAUGGAUCCCUGGGAUCCCAAUUCAGAUCGGGCAGACAUGCCAGGUUUUCUCCCUGAAUUUUUGUGGAUCUAACCAAAUUGACCACUUCUUCUGUGACAUGCCCCCAGUAUUCAAGCUGGCCUGUGGGGACACCUUUGUCAAUGAGAUGUUGCUCUGCAUAGUUCUCGUGUUCUAUGGCAUGAUUCCAUUGCUGCUGAUAGUUGGCUCCUACACUAAGAUCAUCUCCACCAUCUUGAAGUUGCCAUCAGCCACAACUCGGGCCAAAGCCUUCUCCACCUGCUCAUCUCAUCUUACAGUUGUGGUGUUAUUUUUUGGAUCAGCCAUCAUCACGUACUUAAGACCCAGUCACUCAGGGGGGGCUAGCAAAGUGCUUUCUCUUUUCUACACAAUCCUAAUUCCUAUGCUUAAUCCUAUGAUCUAUACUCUAAGAAACAAAGAUGUCAUAAUGGCACUGAGGAAAUUACUAUGUAUAUAA